GAAAUCCUCUAAGGGGGUGGAUGAGAGACAAAGUCUGCAGCCCUGCUCAACCAGGAAGAGCUCCACCUCAAACACAGCAAACAAUAACAACCUCCCUUGUUGCCUCGCUCGCUCUCCCAGUCUGUGUGUCUUCUCUUUGUGGGCGCACCAUGAGGCUGCCUACGGCCGGCCCCAGCACUGGCCAGACCUGUGGGCUUGUGCUGAUCUCCGCUGUGCUGCUACAAUCCAUUUGCGUGGCGGUGACUUUCCUUUACUUCACCAAUGAGCUGAAACAGCUCCAGGACACAUAUUCCAAGAGCGGCAUUGCUUGUCUCACUGGGGAAGAUCUGGGAACUUUCAUAAAACAUGUGGAUCUAAAUGAGAAUGAAGAAAGAGAGAGUGACCCCUGCUGGCAAGUGAAGUGGCAACUAGGAAAGUUAAUUAAAAAGAUGAUAUCAAGAAACUAUGAAGAAAACAUUUCAUCUGCGGUGAAAGGAACUGAAGAACAGGGAUCUCAGAACCAUGGACACAGAAUAGCAGCUCACUUAACUGGAAGCCACAAUAAGAAGAGCUCUCUAGCCACAUCAAAUUCCUCAUCCAGAAGAGGUGUUGGGCAGAAAAUAAAUACCUGGGAACCCUCAAGGAAAGACCAUUCAUUCCUCUAUAAUGUGGAGUUGAAAAAUGGGGAGUUAAUCAUACCCAGAACAGGGUUUUAUUACAUCUACUCUCAAACUUACUUUCGAUUCAGCGAACCUGAGAACGAGGAUUCAGAAUCAGAUCCGUUAGCACUAAGCAGAAACCCUAAGCAAAUGGUCCAGUAUGUUUACAAACUGACGACAUAUCCAGAGCCUAUCCUGCUCAUGAAAAGUGCAAGAACUAGCUGCUGGUCUAAAAAGGCAGAAUAUGGACUUUACUCCAUAUAUCAAGGUGGAGUAUUUCAGCUAAAAAGGGAUGAUAAGAUUUUUGUCUCUGUCAGUAACGAGGACAUAGUUGACAUGGACAAAGAAGCAAGUUUUUUUGGAGCCUUUUUGAUCAGCUAAAUGAUUAACAGAAAACCAAACUCCCAAAGGAAUCAUUUUUUAAAUUCUGUAAUCUAAGGUGGCAGAGGAGGGAGGAAGCCACUGUGACAAUACAGUGACUUCGAAGCAAUAGUGGCAAUGCAAGAAUCCCCACUGUCAAAUCAUCCUGUGAAAGGUUUGAUUGCUCUGAGAAAUGAUCCAGCGGAAGAGCAGCAGGUGGCUACAGCUGCAUAUGAUUGUGCCUUGUAUAACAGCACAGCAGAUCCCCAAACAUGCCAGUGUUCUAGGACUUGCCAGGAUUUUAACAUGUCAAAGGUGAAUGGUUUUGGCUAGGAUCAGAUCAAGUGCAGGCAGGCACUGUCUGAGGUUCCCUAUAACAGUCUACCAAAGCCUCUCAAAACCUCGUUUGUGACAAUACCUCUGCAGGAAAGGUGGAUUUGCACGGGGACUAGAUGGAGACUAUAGACUUGCAUAGGGGAUUAGAUUGAGGUUGGAAAAUGGAUUUUAUCAUGAACGACACUUUGGACCCUAUCCUGCUGACUCUUUCUCCUGUGAGUAAUCUUUACAUGAGCAGAAGCCCCUCUGAUGCCAGUUGGACUGCUCUCUUGAGUAAUAAGGUUUGCAGGAUCAGGCCCUAUGUUUGAAUCUUAGAUUUCCUAAAAUGAAAGGCUUGCAAACAAUUAAACUACAGUAGCAUUUAAGCACAUACUUAACUUUGACAUGCGAGUACUCCAUUUGAAAUCAAUGGGAUACUAAUGUGCUUAAAGUUAAACAUGUGCUUAAGUGCUGCAUGGGAUCACAGCCUGGUUAUUUUUGUCUUCAUUAGGGUAUUGUAUAGAUGAUGGAAUGAAGUGGCACAGCAGAGCCAUUGAAAUCAAUAAGUCAAAUUAUGAGUUCCCAGUACAUUUUAAUAAUCCCAUAUCUGCUUAGUUGACUAAUAUUGUACUGCAGAGAUUUCACCACACUUAGAGCAUGUUCAAAUAUGGAAUCACUCUAUACUUAGUGAAAAUGAGUAUUUGAUCCAGAACCCAAGUGUUUUCCUUUAAAUGUUGCAUUCAGAGGACUACAUUAUUUGUCUCACAUCAAGCAUGACAUGAUGUGGUUCUUUCAUGUUGAUUGGCAUGAUGCCAUGGAACAUGAUAUGAUGCAGAAUAAUUAGCUUGGAUUUGAAGGAGAACAUUCUUAUUCCUGGAGAGGAUACAUGACUAUCUCUGCUUCAGCAUGGGCUGAUUUUAAGUUAAUACUGUUUAGAUUUUUCUUUUAUUUGCAGGGCUGUGUGGGAACUAGAAAGCAUUUCUUUUUCUACCUGAACUGAAUAUUAGAUUUGUUAGCUGUAAGAUUAGAACUGUUUUUCAAAAGUUAAAGUUUUGUUAAGUAUAGGCAAUAUAGCCGGAUCUUCAGGUAGCACCACUCCAGUCACUUUAGUGGAGCUACACCCAUUUACACCAGCUACAGAUCUAGCCCAAGUUCAGUGGAAAAAACAUAUGUUUCUGAAAGAAAGGGGGAGUGAAAGGCAAGUGGGGCAAGGAUUAAGCCAGUAGAGAAUUUGGCCCUAUAUUAUUUUUGAUAUAAUAAGGUUGCCUCAGGAGUCAUAAAAUGAUGAAAGUCAGCAAAUGGCCUUACUUACUUUGUCCAUGGCCUACAGGAAAAACAGGUAUACCAUUCACCCUACUACCUUUUUUAUGGCCAACCGGAAAUGAAUUUGCAUCAGUUGCCUCACUUGCCUUGUCUAUAUAAAUCAGAAAAGUAGGCACACCAGUCAUUCUAUUUACUUUACCUAUGAACAGCAAGAAAACAAUUUACAGCAAUCACUUUGCUUUGACUGGUUAGAAGAAAGAAGCACAUGCAAGUUGAUAUUCAAAACCAUUGUUCCAGUCUGUGUUUGCUGUUUCUACAUGGAGGAAAAUAUGUUAAUUUCGAUGGUAGCCAAUUCUGUGACUUGCUCCACCGCUUACUGGAGAUGCUUGCUUUGCAGUGCAGUCAUGUCUCAUAUACUUUAUAUAUUUUUCUCAGCUAGUCCUUUGAAGCAUUUUCUCAGAAUUCUCCGACUGCACACCACAGAGUUUUUAGCUUUAUUUGGUGGCUUCCUAAUUUGGAUACAGUAUGAAUUUGCACUAGUUUCACACUGGUCCCCACUGACUUUGACUGAACUGCUCCUGAUUUACACUGGUGUAGAUACUUCAGGUCUGUCUAGCUGAGCGAGGGCCAGAUUUUGCUGCCCUUACUCAUAUUACAUAAUACUUUGGUCCCAAUGCUGUAAUGGGAGUACUCUUAGUGCACAAAGUUAAGCCUGAGUGUAGGUGUUUGCAGGAUUGAGGCCUCACUUUGCAAGUUGUUUGUGGAGUAAGGGCUUGGCCCUGCUCCCAUUCAGAUCAGAGCAAAAACCUUAAUGGGGCAGGACCAACCCCUUAGAUAUUAUUCAAUGAGAGUAAGGCCAGCACAAUCUGAUCCAGUCCGAUUAGGAUAUAUACUGUGUUUAUUUUUCACAAAACUGACUAAUUUUCAAACUACAUAGUUCAGUUUAGCUUAAUACAUUUUCAAAAGAGAAUAAUUUGCAGAGAACUUUUAUCCAGAUUUUCUUCCCAGUUCUAAUUUUUGAUUCAGCUAACACAGUGCUCUUACUUAACACAGGAGUACUACAAGACUGCAUUAAACAGCUCCCUCCAGAUCCUAGAUUCUGUCCCUGGUCCUUCAAAGUCUUAUAUAUGUGCUUUACUUUACAAACUGAGUAGUCCCAUAGACUUCAUUUCCUGGAUCAGGUUCAUAUUAUUUAACUCCUCAGCAACAUACUCAACUGCAGCAUAUAAAUAAAAUAAUGGAUUUUUUUUUAAAGUCCAGUUAUUUUAGGUGCUUAUUUUUUAAAAAAAAAUUUUAAC